CUGUCAUUACAUGACCCGGUAACAAUUUAGGCGUUCGAAAAAUGAAGUUUCACAGUAUUUCAGAGUAACAUUUUAUCUGUCAAUCUACAUUCUAUUACUGUGCACGGUAUUACUUUGCAAAGUGAUUUGCAACAACGCAUCCUGUAAUACGGAUUAUUCAUAUGGAGGCCUACAGCCAGUACACCGGCGCUAUUGAGAAGGUACAAAAGAAAUGUUUGAGAAACAUAGUUUUAAAAUCGAUGAUGUGUACUCACCAAGAGGUUGUAGUUAUCCUGAGCAACUACAUAGUCCAAUAUUGUUAUCUCAGGUGCGAGAUACGGCUGAUCUGCUGGGUAGGAUUCCGACGGGGGAUUGCAAUCCCUAGUUACGCAGCAUAAGUACAUCGAAUGCUGGCAAAUACGAUCGCUCUAUUACUCGAAUUAAAGAACUGCCACAACUAUAGUCAUAAGCAGUUGUCUUUUUUGAUCCAGAAAAUAAAAAGGGAUUCAUCCUUAUGUCUAUCUUGUACUUAGCAUAGAAAAAAUAAAGAAAAGCUCA